UAGGAGGUCAUUGUAAGAAUAGAGUUAUACACAUACAUUAACAGAAAUAAUGUUAACCUUCGCUUCUAAAACAUGAAUGCUAUAAUUAUGGGAAUCGUUAAGUAUUUAAUGAUAUCGUAAUCGAAUUAAAAAAGGUGAUAGGUUUUAUUCUAAAGUAAAAAAUAUUCUAUUAAUAAUAAAAAGAUUAAUUUUGUAGAAUGUAAAAUAGUAUCGUUUAAAUCGAUAACGAAAAGUUCAAGAAUAUUUUCAGUGAAUAUUUGCGAGUUAAAAUAUACGAUCAGCUGAUGUAUCAUAACCUUACAAUUUAUACUUUCAAAUUUGUGUUUCCCAAGCAAUUUAAAGUGUAGAUAAUAUUUAAAUGUUAAGAAUAUAAGUAUUAUUUAUGUAUAUGUAUAUAUUCCGAGACAUUUUAGAAAAAGAGCGGAUAUUAAUCUUUAUGUUCUACAUAUACAAAUAUUUAAAGGGUACAAUCUAGAUCUUCAUAAUAUUAGAGAACAUAACCUGAAUCUCUUGUUGUGAACAAGUGUAAUACAUUUUAUUGAUAUGGCAGCUUUAAUGAAAAAACGAGUUUUAGCUGAAUUUACACAGAAUCAGGUUGUAAAUGAGCCGCCUUUAAAAAGGUUAAAAACAUUACGUCUAGCAGCUGCAUCAGGAAGUAAAAAUGGGACAGAAGGCAGUUCUGCCUUAGCUUAUAUAGAGUGCCUUGAGAAAUGUAAAUGUGGCAAUGAUGCUUUACAACUUCUAGUCCGUAUAUCCGAUACUAUAGUUUAUAUCUCGCCAGAGGAUGUUCCUUCAGUUGUAAAAAAAUUAUCAGAGAGAUUUGCCAUUGAAACAGAAGCAGCAGUUCGCGCCAAAAUACUUUGGAUAUUUGCAGAGUUAGGAGAAAUAACACAUGAUUCCACAGAAAAGACAAGAAUUGUCAGUGAAACUGCAGAACUUUUAAAAAAUGAAGAAUCGCAUAGAGUAAAAAGCCAAGGCUUAGCAACAUUGUUGAAAUUAGGAGAUUAUCAUAGGACCCUUGUACUAAAAAUCGCUCGUGAACAUUUACCAGAUACCUGGCAUGGUGUUCAAACACGUUGUCUUUCUAUCAUUGGUAGAUACUUGACUGCAAAUACUGCAGAUGAUACAUUAAUAUUUGUUGGCAAUUAUGCACGUUCUCAAGAUCCCAGAGUUCGUGCUCAGGCAUUCGAAACAAUGGCAGAGCUUCAUUCUCAUAGAGGAUGUAGAUUACCUGCAAGUUUCUUUGGGGAAGCAUGUGCUGCACUUAGGGAUGAUUAUGAAAUUGUCCGGCGUGCUGUCUUAAAAUUAAUAUGGCUUUUAGGAAGAGAAUAUCCUGAGAAUAUGAUUAUGGGUUCAGAUGGGGAAGAUACACGUAUGGUAGACUGUGCAUUUUCUCAGAUUUGUAGUUUUAUGGGUGAUCUGUCCCCAAGAGUCAGAACCUCAGCAAUGACGCUUCUAGGCUCAAUGACAGGUGUAUCACAACGAUACAUAGAACAGGCAUUAGAUAAAAAGCAAAAGAUCGUAGAAGCAGAUAGGCCAGAAGUCGAAGAAAAAAGUGGAUCUUGCGGUGCUUUUAUUCACGGUUUAGAAGAUGAGUUUCUGGAGGUACGAACAGCGGCAGUUGAAGCACUUUGUACUUUGUCUUUGCAACAACCAAACAUAGCUAGGGUUGCUUUAGAAUUUAUGGUGGAUAUGUUUAACGAUGAAAUUCAAGACAUAAGAUUGAGAGCUAUCGAGUCAUUAAGGAGAAUGUCAGCGAGCGUGACGCUUCGCGAGGACCAAUUGGAAACAAUAUUAGGCGCGCUAGAAGACUUUUCAGGCGAAGUACGAGAAGGUCUGCACGCCACGCUAGCUGCCAGUCGGCUUGCUACAAGAAAUUGCUUGUACAUGUGUGUAAAUCGUCUACUGGAAAAUUUGAGUCGUUACCCACAAGAUAGGGAGAGCAUUAGAAGUUGUUUGGCAGCCCUAGGGGCCUCGCAUCCAUACUUGACGUUGCCUUUGGUACCUCAACUUCUCGGUCGACAUCCGUUUUUCGAUACACCAGAACCAGACGUAGAUGAACCGUCCUAUGCAAGUGUGCUGGUAAUGAUAUUCAAUGCAGCGUUGCAUUGCCCAAGCAUGCAUGCUCUUUUCACAGAGCAUACAUCUAAACAUUAUCACUACUUGCGGGACACAAUGCCGCAUUUAGUUCCUCGACUACGACCAGCCAUAACAAGUGGGCCCGGCGUUGAGAAAGAAGACAAAGUCGACGAGGAGACCGAGCGUGGAAAAGAGUUUCUAGAAAAGGUGGUGACAGGCGUCGAGAAUGCAAGGCCUGGCGGUAGAGUUCAUACUCAGCUCUUAGAAGCUGCUGCCAUCGAUUUAGACCGUUUGGCAGAAAUGGACUAUCGCAUGGAGGGUGCGGCACGGUUCACCGCCCUCUACAUACGAUGCUUAUUGCUUUUGAAAUCCGUUUUGAAGGAAUUCUCGAUAACGUCAGCGAAUUCAGUAUCAACCAGUCCAUUUCCGAAUACAACGACCAAUGUCUCGGUUCUUCUUCAGAACACUCAAAAGUUGCAACGACUGUUCAGCGGAUUAGGAGAGACUGACAUGAUGUUAGCUGUUGAUGUGUGGUUAAAAGCUUUGGCAGUUGAACUAAUUCGAGUCACAAGAAGCGUAACCGGAAGAAGUGCUCUUCCAUUGACGAGAUACUUUCUUUCUGAGGCUGAUACUCUACCUCAAGAUACGUCUAAAUUACCGUCGUUCUCUAGGGCUCUAGUUCUUCAAAUCCCAACCUUAGCCGACGUAAAACCAGGAUCUUUAACGCGUUUGUUACUGCCAUUGCUUUUAACGCCUCCAUCGCAAGGGGAAGAACGGUUACCAAGGCCAUCGGUAUCUACGCGAUUCUGCAGAGCAAUUAUAGAGGAACCUAGAGGAGACGCGGAUUCCGCGUUGAAAUUCACCGGAGGUCUUCUGUUGGGCAUUCCGUUAACUGCAAAAAUAUUAAAUUUGAGGGAUCCUAGCAUACUGCGCGUUAAGUUAAGGCAUCCUGAUCAACAAGUGCAGUUACUACUGCCACGACAAUCUGAUCUCAGAUUACAGAACACAGAACAAAGCGAUUACAGAUUGAAGACCACGGUUCUGUUGUCCCAUCAAGUCUGGAUGGAAGCCUGCAACGUAGAAAUAUCCCUUGCCCUUCUCGUACCAUCGGCGGCUCUCGAUGAUCCGUGCGUAAUUGACCUUUGUAAACCGACUAAAGUAUCGAUAGCACCAAAACCCGUGAAGAGGGGAAUCUAACGAUAUUUUUUAUACAAUGAUACGUUUUAUACAAUGCUCGUUUCUUGUAAAUAAAUUCAAAAUAUACUAAAUCACAUUUACGGUUGUACAAUACGGUUUUGAAGAAUGUUAAAAUCAACAUCGUUCACUCUAUUUUUUGAUAAAAAAUAAUUAUAAAUACAUGAUCCGAGUAAAUUUAGAAUGUUAAAAUUAAAUUAUUCUCUCUUUGUAAGAAUAACUCGUAUGAACGAUCCGAAUGAUCACCAAUGAUCUGACUUUCGUUGAGUGUAAAGCUCGUGGACUACCGCCAACUUGAGAAGGAGCUUCCGCUGGAAAGGAAUAAAUAGAUUGAUUAAUAAAUUAAUAACCUCCUUGGUAAUAUGUUGAACGUAGCUUAAAACUAUCUGCUUACCUAUUGAAUGAUGGAGGUUUAUCAGGUUCUGAACUCUUUUGAGCUAAACUACUAAAACUAAGUUCACCUGAUUGAGUAGCUAGGGUUUCAAAUGUGUUGUUACCUCCCACAUUUCCAAAAACUUUCGACAUAUUAUUAUCCAUAGGAGUUGGAGCAGCUCCCAUGGGUGGUGGUGGACUUCCGAAAGCUAUUUCAGUUAAUAUGAUUAGAUUAGUUAUUGUAUUUAUGAAUAUAUGAAAGAUAACAGAAGAUCUAAACUAAUUACCUGGGGGAGUUGCAGCUGUUCCAAACGCUGCUGAUCCAAACGUAUCACCAAAAAUUGGUUUUGUAGAGCCAAAUGUCGGCGCUGAUCCAAAUACUGGUUUAGAACCGAAUGCAGGUGCUUGUCCAAACGCAGGUUGUGCACCUAAUGCAGGCUGCUCCAUACCCAACGGUGAAGCACUAGCUCCAAAUAUGGAUGUAGACCCAGGAGAAGAUGUACCUGGUGCGGUAUUAGUCGUACCACCACCAAAGAAUGAUGUUGAUCCCGAGUUUGGAGUUCCAUCGAAUAUCGAGCCAGACUUUUGAGUAUUAGUGUCAAAAAGGGGCUUCGAAGGUAUACCAAAGCUGUUCAUCGAAGAUGAAUUUCCUCCAAAGAUGGAACCAGAAGGAGACGCUUGAGUGUUUGUGCCAAAAAUUGAAUUGGUAUUACUUCCACUGAAGAUGGAACUAUUUGCUGAUGUUGUUGGCAUAGCGCCAAAUAUGGACGUGUUUGUAGAACUUCCAAAGGGCAUAGACGCAGGACUGAUGAUCGGUUUCCCAAAAGUAUUCGCUGCAGAGGAAACUGUCGGUGUACUUGGGAAUUGAGCGUUCAUCGUGAGAGCAGGUGAUUUUCCAAAAACUGAAGUAACAGAAGUGGUUGUCGAAUUAUCGAAGGUUAAUGUAGAUGCAGUGCUGCUACUAGCAGUGACAGGACUCGACGGGGACAAACUUGUAGCUGUUUCUCCAUAAGUAGGUUUUGAUAAGGAAGCUUGAAACGAAGAAACUGUACUAGAUGUUGUUGGAACCGUAGUUGUUGGUGUACUAGUUGUUGGAGUGGCCUUGAAACCAGAAAAUAUAGACAUAGGUGAUGAUGUCGUAGUUUGACUUCCAAAUCCUGUACCACUUGUUGUAACAGUAAAAGUAGAAGUACUUGGUGUAGUACUUGACAUUCCUCCAAACAUAGAAAUGCCUGAAACACUUGUCUGAUUGCCAAAUAAAGAAGCAGCAGUAGUUGUAGCGACAGCGGUAGGCGAAGCUUGCGCUGUACUUGGGAAAACAGGAAUUUUCGAUUCUGUAGAAGGUAUUUUUUCAAUGGUGACUGAUGGGGUAGUGGUGACAGUUUCUGUUGUAGGAGUUCCACUUGUAAGACCAAUAGACAUUUGUCCUAACGACAUUGGAAAACCAGAUGCUCCAAAUGUCGGUUUGUAAUUGAACUUUGUAUCCGUAUUAAGAUUGUUGGUAGACACAGAAGUUUGAUUAUUGGUUUGCAGUCCUGUAAGAAGACCUGGUAGAUUUAAUGAUUCCUGUGAUUGAAGUGCUGUUGUCGACGGUAUUUUCAAGUUAAAUGGACUUGUAGGAGUUGAUGGUUUUGAAGCAAAAGAAAACGUUUGUGCAACUGUUGUUUGUGGCAUAACAGUCUGUGAAGUACUCUUUACAGAUGUCGGAACAGUACUUGGAGUGGCAAAACUAAAUGUAGCUGCUGCUUCAGGUUUCGCUGGUGUUGUUAUUGUAGUCGUUGCUGUUGCUGCUGCAAGUCCAAAUUUCAAUGAAGCGUUUAAAUUAAUUCCUUGCAUUUUGCCUGAUGAUGUGUCUGUUGAUAAUACAUCUUUCAAUGUGCCAGUAUUAAAUAAAAUAGUUUCUACUUUGGGGGAGUCAGUAUUUAAUAUACUUUCUUUAUUAGGUUUGGCACCAGUUUCUUUAGAUGUAAAUUUCUGUACAGUGGAUUCCUCAGACUUUUGUAUUGGUGUACCAAAUGUAAUAGAAUCAACUUUAGGGAAAGACUUCAUUGAACUAGAUACAUUAUGAGUUGAAGUAUUAACUUGAUUAAAUGUAAUAGUAUCAUUUGAUUUACUUGUUUGGUGGGCAGUAACAGUUGUCACCGGUGAACUUAAUUUCUUCUCUGUCUGUGAAGAUUUAGCUCCAGCGGCAACAGGAAAUGUUGUAGCAUAAAUAGGUUGUUUUAUCUGUGCUUUAUUUUGCAUUGGCACGCUAGUUAUUUCGUUUGUACCGAUUCUCGCUACGAAACUAUUCAGAGAAGCUAGAGGACUUUGUUGUUUUGGUUUCUCAUUUGCCUGUUUAACAACCGGAGUCUGUUUCGAAACAAGCGGUUCCACCUUGCUUUUAGUUUCAAUGGGUGUAGUAUUUAAUGAAGCUAGAGAAGACAAAGUUGCCUCUAAACGAUGUUGAAUAGGUGACGGAUUCAUAGGUUUUAUAAUUCUUGGCGUGGAAGAAGAUAAAUAGUCUCUCAGUUUAAUUUGCUUCCCUUGAGUGAAACUCAAAGUUUUAGAAGCAAUAGCUUUGCAACGUGCUUCUAUAAUUCCUGCGUUUCUUGGCAGAGAAACAGAUGACUUGGAUGAUGUAAUACUUAAAUUCGACAGUGAACGAUUUAAUCCA